ACAUCAACAAAUAAUUUAGACUACUUUUUUACAAGUUUUGAUUAUUAAUGUUUUUUUUGUGAAUUCCUCGUAAUUGGCCAUGAUUGAAGGUGGAACGUUAAACAGGAGGAGUUUUAGGCCACACUUUUACGUUCAAAAUGUGUGAUCCAUGUCGAGUUUUAAGGAGGUGCAACAGCUGCCAUGGCGGAUGUUAUUGCUUUCCUAGACAGAAUUGCCGUCCGCGAUCUUGUUCCAUUGAUUCGCGUAAUUGCCGCGUUGUGUUUCCUGGGGAGUUCCAAAAGUUCUCGGAUAUGAUUCCACCUAGUUUUCUUCAAAAGCAGCCAAAGCCAAUUAAGAAGAAAAAGCGCUCAAAGAGUUGCACAGCAUGUGACGAUAUAUGUAAAGAUCCGUGUGCGGAUAAAUGUACUCAAAAGUGUGAUAAUCCAUGUCGAAUGGUUGAAAAGGAAAAGGAUGUCGAUGAGCAGCAAUGUGAUGAAGGGUUCCGGCAGGAUGGUAACACAGGGUUUGGAGCUUUAGGACCCGGUUUUAACGAAGCUUCAGGAGCAGGUUUUGGUUUUCAGCCGGGACAACCUACUAUUAUCCCAUGCUAUGGCACCUACGGACCGAGUGGAAACCCCAUGAUAUUUGGAAUGCCCCCACCCACUCAAUAUGGUAACUUCGGAAUCCCUGGACCGGUGGUUUUACCCGUGGCUCAGCCAUCUGUAGCAGGUCAGGGUGAUUUUCGAAAUCCAAGGGGACCUCCGGCGGCCGGUUUGCCCACUAAACAUGUAUCUGGAUUCAAUCCCUGUACUGGUGAAAUUAUGCAGUGCGAAAAUCAGCCAAAUUCCGGAGGGCAACAAUGCCCGUCUUAUAACCAACUCUGCCAGGGUUUGGGCAUGGGUUUUGGGCCAAACAGUCAGUAUUAUCCAUGCAAUGUUGCACAGCAACCAGUAGCUCCAAUGCAUGAAUUCCAAAGUAAUCCACAUGCGAGUCAAGUUCCUCAAGUUGGUAACAGGAGCAAGUCAAUGGGACCUCCAGCGCAAAGACAACCAACCAGCUUUGCACCUUACAAUCAGAAUUAUUCCUAUAAUGUGGGAGUUCUUUCUCCAGAAUCAAGGCAAGUUCCUCAAACUAUGUCACCUUCAGUUGAAGUGCAUCAAGAUGUUACCAGGUCAAAGUCCCCAAGACAGCGGAAUGAGUCGAGAGGAGGUCGUUUGGAUAAGCCAUCCGAGUUCAGAAGAACUACAGUUUUCAAUGAGCUGGGAAUUGAACAUAACAAUCGGCAAUUUUCAAAUAACGUUGGCGAGAGAAAUCCUGAUCCUAGAACACUUCCCAAAUCUAAGCCAUCUGUGGGUCGAAGUGAUAGAAGGUCUCCAGACUCAAGAAAACCAAAUCCUUCAAUGGGGGCACCCUCAAACCACUCUAAACAACCCGAAUCGCAUGUACCCUAUAUUCAACAGAGUGUGGGCAUGGGUUUUGAUCCAUCCAAUCAGUACUUUCCUUAUAAUAUCGCCGAUUGUCCCUUGAAUGCGACCUUUGUUCUGGAUUCCUCUUACGGUCAGACACGCCAAAAUAAUGAAAGAUCGCAUUCUGUUGGAGCACGAAACGUAUCGAAGAAAAGGCCUGAAACGAGUAAAAAAUCUGAAGGGAUAUCAAGUAAAAAAUCAACGGCAGGAUCGCCUGCUGAUCAACCAGUGAAAUGCUACUGCACGCGGUUCGAUCCUAACAAUCAAUAUUAUCCCUAUUAUGUAGCUGAAGAAGGGGAAUGUCCGCCUCCGGAGAAGAUGAAAGACUCUAGGGAAUGCUCGAAGCUCCUUAACCGUGUCACCGACUCCUGUCCUCCGUGUGAUCUGCAGAAGUGGUGCCAUCUCCUGAUGCCUAAGGGAAAGUCCAAAAAGCAGGGAAAGCCGGCUGCUAAAAAUAACAGGAAAACGCAUGGAUCAAUUAAUUUGGGAGGCAAGUCCAAGAUGAGCCUGCCGAGUUCUAAGGCGCAGAACUCCAACGAGGUAGUCGAUAGUGAAACACCUCCAACGACAACUUCCGUGGAUAUCGAAACGCCCCAAGCUGCAGAUUCUGGCUGUCCGUGCGGUUGCAAAGGUCAAUGUCCUGCACCUUCGCCAAAACCGGAAAUGCGCAGCUGCAGCUGCUCUGCCAACUUACCUGAAGUAAACAGAUCCACGGCAGCGCCCCCUUGUCCCGCGAAUUCCGGAAACACCGCCUGCUGGAACUCAUGUCCUUAUACCUGGCACUAUAGUCCCUGCAACGGAUACUAUUACUACUGCGCGAACUGCUGCAAUGGGUGUCAUAAUUGCUGCAAUCACUGCUGCAGUCCGUGCGGUCGCUGUUGCAGCGGCAGCUCCCCUUCUCAGCUGGAGAAAGUUCCUCCGAAACCGAAGCAGAAGGAAAAGCCGGACAAACUGAAUGGAAGUAGCAGUAGGCGAUAUCCUGCAGGAACGGCUGUGGAUUUUAACAAUCUGUUGAAUAAUCCAGGAAGUUGUAGAUUGCCUCCUCCGCCUGGCAUAUACAACUGCUCCAUGCCGGCGGUUUCAACUAUGCCGGGAUAUAGUCCAACUGCUCAGCCCCAGUUUAACUCCCCCUACAGUGGUCAUGGGAAGGCGGUCGGGGUGAAUAUAAAUCGGACCAAUCAGCAUUAUAACCAAAGUCCCUUGAACAUCAGCUGCAUGCGCCACGGAUAGUUUACAUCAUGUCUAAAUUAAACGUUGAACAUUUUUUUACAUUUUAACACAAGCCUAAAUAAAGAUCUAAAGUUUACCUUUAA